ACAGGUGCCGCCGCCGCGGUGUGGUUCGCGAUGCCGCCAUAGCUCGCCAUCGUCCCCUGAGUUCCUGACUGCCCCCCUCCAUCCGCCUCGCCUCACCCCAGGUCACCAUGCCAGGCACCAGAGGCGCGACCGUACUGGACGACCUUCCCGAGUGGAUCGUUGUCGAAGAGAUCCUCGUCCGCUUGCCGCCCAAGGACAUCCUCCGCUGCCGCGCCGUCUGCAGGUGGUGGCACAACGCCACCUCCGCCGACAAGUUCAUGCUGGACCACCACCGCCGCCAGCCCUUGCUCCCGAUUCUCAGCCACAUCAUCGCCCCGCAGAAAGCAUGCCUCCUGUUUUCCUUUGGGGCCUCCGCAGGCAAGCAAAAGCUCUGCCCUGUCAUCCGGACCUACAAGUUUGGUGAAAUCGUGGCUGCCCAUGAUGGGCUCCUCAUCGUCUCCCAUGGCCUUGGGAAUGAGUUCUUCAUCUGCAACCCGGUCACUCGCAAGUGUGCUCCCCUAGCGAAGCCUGAUAGUCAACGUGGUAUUUAUAACCAGAUUGUCGGAUUCUAUCGGCACCAACCAAUCGGAGGAGAAUACCGGGUGCUUUGGCAAUCUAGUCCGAGAUGCUACAACGCAUAUGACACAAAGUAUAUGACUCUCUACUACGCCAUAGCGGUGGGAUCCGAUAAAAUAAGAUACUUCAGACUAGGAUGCAUCCCACAACCAACAUCUUCUUCGCCUUCCUUGGAGCUGGCGUUACGCAAGGGCCUGCCCAGUUCAUCUCAAUAUCCACCAGUCCACCACCGUGGCGGCCUGCACUGGGAACUUGAAAAAUAUCAUGGCUGGGAUGCCGACUGCAUAAUGGUGUUCAACACAGCAGCUGAAACAUUUCGGUUGAUGUCUCGUCCUGCCCGAUUGGGCAACUGCUUACAUGAGUCGUUGCUGGAGAUGAAUGACACUCUUGCUUUGUGCAGCAUCAGCAUUGACAAACACACCAUAGAUGUUUGGGUGGUACAGGAUUACGAUGCCGAGACCUGGUCUUUCAGGCAUCAGAUUGAUUUGACCGGGGUGGAUCCAUCAGCGCUUGUUGGUCUAGGGGUGACAAUGAUCCCUACGAUGGCUGCUCUCAAUGAGGGUGAGCUGCUGAUCCAGUUCACUUCCACUCGUAGGCGUGUGUUGCAUUUUGAUAGUGAUGGCAAGUUUUUAGGAUAUGUGAAGAGUGAAGAUGACCAAGAAAUCAAAUUGUGCGUUACCAAGCAUUACCUCCGGGGGAGCAUUAUUCCCCUUCCACUGUCCCAUGAGAUGAGAGAAGAAGAUGCUGCAAAUCAGGAGCCUCCAUUUUUUGUAGGCCUGUAGGAUGCAGUGCCUGAUCUGGAUGUUAUACACUGCUGAUUUGCUUCGCCAAUGGAGUAUCUAUUCUACACAAGCAUUAUCUUUUGUUCCUGGUUGAUCUUCUUAGUGUAGAACUGAACAAUUUGGAUGGUAGCAGCUAUUAUCUUGCAUUUAGUACCAUGUUAAAGUUCUGAACUAUGGAGAAUCUAUGCUAUAUGACUAGUCUAUUUUAUUCCCCUCGUUUACUUCCAGUUUUGCAUUUUUUGGAACGAUGAAAGACAUGGUUGCAAUUGGGAACAGAUAAUUGCUCUCUAAGAUAUUAUCUAGAAGGGCACUACUCCAGAAUUAUGGCUAGCCAUCCUGCUUUGUUAUUGAGAAAACAAGUGUUGGUACACAUGUCAUC